AUGUCACUUUCUAUUGCUCCCCUCCUCCCCCCCUCUCUCUCUAUCUCUCUCUCUCUACUUUUGUCUUUUUUGUCUGUUGUUCUCCUGACACCAACGGUUUUAUUUUCGUCAACAUUUUCCAAUUUAUUUUCUAUCCUUCUUGAUCUCUCACUCAUUUUCUUUAUUACUCACUCUUUCAUGUUCUUUCUUUCUAUUUUCCCUCUCUCACAUUUCUUCUCGUUUUUUCUCCCCCCACUCUCACGCUCUCUAUCUCUCUAUCUCACACACACACACGUACUUCCGUCCCCGUUCUUUUCAACACUUCUUUCUUUCUUUCUUUUUGUCCGUCUUGUUUUCUCUUUCUACGUUUCUUUCUCGUUUGCCCUCACUUUUUCAUUUCUCCCUCUUAACCCUUUCUUUUCGUUUGCUCCCUUGCUAUAUCUCUAUCAAUCUUUUUUUCUCUCUUUAUCAUUCUUUCUCUCGCUGCUUCUCACCGUCUCUAAUCUCACUCAUUCCCUCUUUUUCUCGUUUUCUUUCCCAUUCGUCCUCUCUUUUCUCUCUCGUUCCCUCUUCCUUACACUCAUAUUCACUCCCUCUGUAUCAUUCAUCAUUCAUUUCUCUUUGUAUGUCACUCUCUCCUUAUUUCAUGUUUUCACUUUAUCUCGCGUUCUCCAUUUUUUUUUCAAUCAUUUUAUUCUUUUUUUGCUUUUUCUUUGUGCAACCGAUUUAAAACUCACAAAACGUCGCCUAUCGAUCCGCUAA